UGCCGGCCGGGGUGGGAAGCAGGGCUGGUUGGAAGAGGUGGAUCGUGCCUUUUGCUGGGGACAGUUUCGUCGGCGGGGAGCUGCUACCAUGAGGUUAAAUCAGAACAUCUUGCUGCUGGGGAAGAAGGUGGUGCUGGUACCCUACACCUCAGAGCAUGUGCCGAGGUACCACGGGUGGAUGAAAUCAGACGAGCUGCAGCGUUUGACAGCCUCCGAGCCGCUGACCCUGGAGCAGGAGUAUGCGAUGCAGCGCAGCUGGCGGGAAGAUGCGGACAAGUGUACCUUCAUUGUGCUGGAUGCAGAGAGGUGGCAGGCCCAACCAGGCGCCACUGAAGAGAGCUGCAUGGCGGGAGAUGUGAACCUCUUCCUUACGGAUCUGGGGGACCCCUCCUUGGGGGAGAUCGAGGUCAUGAUUGCAGAGCCCAGCUGUAGGGGCAAGGGCUUUGGCACUGAGGCCGUUCUCAUGAUGAUGUCUUACGGAGUGACCAAGCUAGGUCUGACCAAGUUUGAGGCUAAAAUCGGACAAGGAAAUGAACCGAGCAUCCGGAUGUUCCAGAAACUUCACUUUGAGCAGGUGGCUGUGAGCAGCGUCUUCCAGGAGGUGACACUCAGACUGACGAUGAGUGAGCCUGAGCGGCAGUGGCUUCUGGAGCAGACCAGCCACGUGGAAGAGAAGCCCUAUGGAAUUGGGUCGUAGGCGCCCCGCUGAUAGAACACUGCGACGGGAGGGGAACGGAAGGGGCCUUUGGGGCCGAGUGCCCCCCGCUGCGCUCCAGGCGGGAAUCUCCUUCGGGGCCCUUCAGACUCUGGGCUGGACUUUCCUUGGCCUCCCUCGGGCUGGCAGUGUGGCAGAGUGACUCCAGGGUGCCCCUCCUCCUGGCCAAACCUGGACUCAGACUCUCAGAACCAAGAGCCGGUGACAUAAACCCACGGGAGGCAUCGGGGUGAAGGUGGAGCUGGAGAAAAAGGGGGCCUGUGAACAGGCCGCCCCUUCCUUUCCCUGGGAAGGUCAGAGGCGCUGAGGCCCUGGCCGGGAGUAAAGCACCCUGCUUGGCCAGCUUCCCGUUUCCUCACUGGGCCCCUGUGGAGGUGAAGCGAGCCACUGGGAGGCCCAGCUACAGCAUCUGGUCCAGCAUGGGAGCGACAGGGCAAGGGUGGCUCAGUCCUCUGUGCGUCCUGUGUCCUCCGCUCAUCCCUCCACCUCUGGGAACAGCUGCACCUAACAAGGCCACAAGGGGGUGCCGGAGGCACAGGUUCGGGAUGGCCAGGCUGCCUGGCGACUGGGCCAGGUCUCCCUACCUCACAGCAAGGGGGACACCCCGACGUCUCGCCGCCCUUGCGCUGUCAUGAUGUGGGGUGGCCAUCAAGAACGGCCAGGCAUGUUUCAAAACACAGUUGUGGAAGAGACUCUUGAGGGAACCUAGGGCAUUCGAGGGUUAGAAACAGUCCCUGGCAAGUUGAGACCGCUGCCCAAGGCCUCUUGAUGGCAGAGUGGGACCUGUUGCUGGGGCCUCCCAGCCCCCUCGAUUCUGGCAUCUGACAGCAGAUCAUGCAUGUGAAAAACUAGAGUUAAACAGCAAUGCAAGUGUCUUCUGAGCCACCUGUCUUCAGCUUAAGCCCUGCCCCCAGGGCUUCCCCAGCCUGGCCAGGGAUGUGGCGAGGCAGCUUCUCAGGCUUCACCUGUGGGGGCCUCCAUCAGAGGUCAAAGGGUGGGGUGGGGGCAGGGCAGGCCCAGCUGAGCAGGGCCCAGGGCGACUGGUGCUGAUAAGGGCUUGGCCACAAACCCAAACGAGAUGGCCAGAGAGUGACUGGCCCUCCUCUCAACCCAGGGCUCCAGAGGUCCCCUCCCUGGUUCACUGUCUCCCUCCUUGUUCUCCUCAGUCCCAGGAACCCGCCUUCCGAGGUUUCCUGGUUGGGCGGAGAGUAGCCUCAGGCCAACUUCCCUUCUUUCUCUGAGCUCCUGCCUGAACCUCCUGGGCUGGUGGCUGCAGCUCUCAGGCCUCCCUGGCUGACCUCCAGGAUGUGGCCUCGAGUGCCAGCGGUACAACGGACCUGGAUCACUUGUGAAGGAACAGGGCAUUUUGCCCUUGGCAAGUCCCCUGCACCCACCUGCCACAUGGCAUGUCCAGGGCUGGGGUUUGUUUUCCCCUAAGCCUGGACAACUGCCCUCCAAUCAGGUCCAUGGCCAGAUAAGACAGAGGAUCUGGCGCCAGCUCAGGCCACUCCUGGGAAUCCCGAACCCCACUGGCUGAGGGCGGAAAGAUGAAAGCCAAGUCUUCACAUUCCCAAGCCAACUCCAGCCUAGAUUCACACUUCCAGUGCUCCUGGAAUCAGGAGGGCUCAGAGCCCUCUCAGCAGGUGGGGGUGGGCUCCCACCUCCCUGGGCAAACGUCUAGAUGGGGCCCAGCACACCUGUGCAGGUUGACUGCAGAGGGAAGCACGAGGAAGCUGGGUGGGUCCCACUCCCACCCUGGCCACCCAGACAGCUACAGGCCCAAGGCCCUGUGGUUAAAGCUGCCUAGCUGUCACUCCUGGGCUUGGGGUCCCAGAGAGUCCCGGACCAUCCUCUCCCUGCACCUGUCUCCUACCCUCAGCCGAGACCACCCUGGGAACACCCGCUGACCAUUUCUCAAGGCCAGGACCGAGCUCUCAAGGAAGACACAGAGGCCGAGGCAGUUUGGAGAAACCAGUUGAAUUUCCGAUGGAGUUUGUACAGUUACAGUGGUGGUGCCUGGCUCAGGGCUGAGCAGGGUGUGGCCAAGCCCUCCCCCCACCUGCCCAGGUUUCUGGGGUGGGAGUAGAAACAAAAAAUUUAAGGCUGAGGCCGCUGCUAUGUCCUAGAUGCAACAACCUGGAAAAUCAUGUUAAUCAGGAAACAAAAAUCCCUCUGAACUCUGCAAUACUGGACUCUUUAAAAAAAAAAAAAA